AUGUCUCUCCAGAAGAAUCUUCUCGCGACUCUGGUCAUCUACAGCUUCUGGACCGUCGUCGAUGGUUCUGGCGACGUCGACAGGGAGGUGAGCGCUUUUCAAACAUGUUGAAUGACCGGAAAAGUGAAAAAAAAAAAAUGAAAAUUUCGAAUUUCAUCUCAUUCAUUCAAUCAAUUUAUUUUUCGCAACAUCGGGAUGGUAUGGUGAUGUUGCAGGGAGGGAAAAAGACCACUAGGUGAAUUAACUAACCCCACCUGUAAAGAAAAAAAAAAAGUUUUUUGUGUGAGAUAAGAAACAUAGAACCAUAAUAAGUAGAUAUUUGAAACCAAGUUGAUCAUGGCACAAAUCUGUGAACACUUGAAAGAAUAUGCUCGACGCCAACAUUUUCUGCAUACACUAAAAACAUGUCCUUAAAUUUUUUCUUAUCUUCCUCUGCCAAUAAUUCAUGUUCAAUGUCAUUCCAAACAUUAGUAAUGCGAUGUGAUAAGAAAUUGAAGAAAACCAGUGAAGGUUUCGUUUUUAUUAAUUCAAAACCAUUUCCUCUGAGCUGACUGAGACGGUCAAGGAUGUUAUGUACCUGGAUGGGAGAGUCUGACCAGCACUUAUUAUGCAAAAACUGAUGUGUUAACACCAGAUCCUUAACUAAACGCCUAAAACAAAGAGGUUGAAGACCUAAAAGUUUUAACCGUUCAUUAUAUUCCAUUCUUCCAUUCUUGGGAAAAGGCGCUUCGUUAAACGCCUCUGGACCGAUUCUAAUCGAUCAAUAUCUGACUUUGUCAAUGGACACAUUAGUUCCGAACCAUACUCUAGAAUGGGAAGUACCUUGGCCUCAAGAAGUUUUGUUUUGAGAAGCUAAAACAGCGGAAUAGGUUGUUUAUAAUACGCAUAGUUUUUUUUGACGAUAACUUCAAUAUUAUUAUGCAUUUUGAGGUUAGAUGAAAAAAUAACUCCGAGAUCUCUCACACAAUCCUCGUUAUUCACUGUUAUACCAUUAAGCUCGGAACUCGCAACACUUCGAACUCGUUUCCCAUAACUAACAUGGAGACUUUUAUGUGCUGAAAGUAUGAGUUGUCUAUCUGCAAGAAAAUUUUCAAUAGAAUGGAGAUCCUCUUGUAGCUUGUUUUGAUAUCCUGGAACCGAACUGCUUAUCAUUACUUUGCAAUCAUCCGCGUAAAUCAACAGUUUACUAUAUUUAAGUGCUUUAUCAAAAUCGUUAAUGUAAACAAGAAACAUUAAAGGACCUAAACAGCUUCCCUGUGGAACCCCAGAAAUGACUUCAAUAUCCCCCGAAAAUUUAUCAUUUACUUUUACUUUUUGAGUCCUGUUAGUCAAAUAAGCUCUAAUCCAGUUUCCAAGUUUUCCUUUACAUCCGUAGGCUUCAAGUACGGUUGAAAGUCUACGGUGACUAACUGUGUCAAAAGCCUUUGAUAUAUCCAAGUAAAUACAGUCAACAUUGUUUUUAUUGUAAACUUCUUCAAAAAUAUAUCUCUAUUUCUCCAGUAAUUGAGUUAUUGCACUCCGAUUGUUCAAAAAAAUCCGAACUGAGUUUUAGAAAAAAAUUUCGCUACGCCAAAGAUGAUUUCUUAAAGCUCUCACAACAAUUGCUUCGAAAAUACGGCAUGGCACACAGGUUAAAGAGACGGGCCUAUAAUUUUCAGCAGCGGAAGGGUUUCCUUUUUUGAAUACUGGAGAAACAAUAGAUUUUUUUCCAAAGAAGAGGUAACGAGGAACUAUCUAAUGACUUUCUGAAAAAUCAUCGAGAGCAGGGCGCGCUAAAGGAACUGCUAAAUUUUUACAUAAUUUACUCGAAAGUCCGUCUGGGCCUGAAGAGCUUAGACUUUUUAGAUUUUUCAUACAUUUAUAAACCACAUGUUCAUCUACGCAAACGUCCUCCAAAACUGUACUGGUAACCGAAGGGACGCUGAAAUUUUUAUUGUCAUCAAUACGGUAGACCGAACUGAAAUAUGAAUAGAAAAUGUUCGCGAUCUCCUCACUAUUUUGAAUGGAGCGACCUUCGAAACAUAGAGAUUUUGGCUGCAUAGAAACAGUCGUUUUCCUCUUAACAUAAGACCAAAAUGAUUUACUGUUUUUAAAUCCAUUUAGUAAUCGUUCUUCUUCUGAAACUUUGUAGUUUUUGACGCUGGUUUUAUACACUUUAAAGAUCUGCCUAUAUUUUUGCUCUUUUUGUGGAGAUGAGGAUUUUUUAAAAUCAAUAUAGCAUCUUUCGACUUUUCUUCUCAGUAUUAUCAGGUAAUUAUUUAAAGAUGCGAAAUCAGCAUUUUUGUAAUCUGAAAUUACUUUUGGCGGGAAAACCUUGAAGUUCGAAGUUUUUAAGUUGAGCUGGCACGUGAUAGAACAGUGAUCUGAUAAGGGUUGUGAUAUUUUUACAUCUGAGACUAUAGAUCCGUUAUUAGUUAGAACCAGGUCUAAAAUGCUAGAACCCCGCGUAGCUUCUUUUACUAAUUGCGAAAAGCCAAACUGUGAUACACAUUGUAAAAAAACUUCUCGACAUCUCAAGGAUUACUUUAAAAUAUUUCGAUAGAGUCAACAAACUUCUGAAGUUUCAUCCGUGAAUGCAAAUAGAUAGGGACCGCAGACGAAUUUUCAAAAAAUUUUUUUCAGCAUUGAGCUUUGUAUGGUUUGAUAGCUGUUUCGAUUCAAAACUCAGAACCGUUUAGUUUUUCGAAAAAGAUUGAGGAUGAAAAAAGUUAUGACGAAAAAUGUGGCGCGCCGCGCACCAUUUUUUUAGUACUGAAAUUUUGGUAUUAUCCAUUUUUUUGACAUUUUUUUCUCGAUUUUUUUCUUCCAGAAAAAAAGUUUUGAUACUGGUCUAUUAUGAUGUAACAAAUCAUAAUAGAGUGCUAAAAUGAUGCUCAUCAGCUAGUUUGCCGAAAAAGUCGCUAUUUUCCAGAAAACAAAAAACUGACGCUUGCGGGCAUCGAACUCGCAACCUCAAAAUGAAAAAUCGCAGCGCACGCGCUGCGCCAAGCUGUUAGGUCUAGCGAGGGGAGCUUCCAUCACCCAUACUCUUGAGCCGUUUGAAUAGCACAGAUUGCCUAUUUCAAAAAAAUAAAAAAACUUGAAGUAAUUCAGCUUUUUUUUUAUCAGAAUAUGUUCGCAAAUCUUUACUCAAACUUUCCGUGAAAUAUUCACUUCGAAAAAAACUGUUUUUUUAGUGCUUUUUUUCCUCGUUUAACGAUCGCUGCCUUAAAACGGCCCCGUAAAUUUUUUUGGCAAAGACGAAUUUUUUUAUUUUAUUCUUUUUAAUUGAAAGAUUUUUUUAUUAAUAAAUGUAUAUUAUCGUUUAAAAAACGUGCGUUCGACCGCUUUCUGUAUGAUAAACGCCGCUAAUUUUAUUCUCUAGUUUCAAGAGCAUUUUUGCGUAUUAAACAACUUUUUCAAGCACAUAUUCUGUGGAGAAAUAUUUAAGUAAGCCCCUGGUCUAAAUUUUGAAAAAAACAAAAAAACUCGAUUAUAUUCGCAUAUUAACGAUAUUUUUGAAUUACGACUUUCGGCACUCCCUAAAAAUUUUUUUGGCAAAGACGAAUUUUUUUAUUUUAUUGUUUUAAAAUUACCGUUACUUGAAUCAAAAAUCAUUAUUUAAAAAAAGAAAGAGUGCGUUCGACCUGAAAAACACAUAAAAAAAGCAAAAAAAUGACAAAAAAAUUUUUUUAGUUCCAUUCACGUUUUUGUACGACAUUCCGCGAGAACGCAUCAAAAAAGCGUGAAAUAUUUUUUAAACGAAAGAGGAAGCUUUUCUGUACAUGAGUGUCAAAAUUUAUUAUCCAGUUCCACAUAUUUUGCAACUACAGCAAAAUGAAAGUUGAAAACCAAAAAAAAGCCACUUUUUCUAUCGCGAAAAGGGGCGUGGCUUUGCGGUCCCUACAAAUAGAACUUCUCAGUUCGACUGAAUGAAUUGAAAAGAAAACUGACUAUAAGCAUUGGAAAGUUUAAAUUGUUUGAAACAUUUUUCAUUAAAUCGUUGCUGUGCUUAAGAGAAAAAAAGCAAUAAAAGGUUUUCGAGGAGGGAAAGAUAUUUCAAGGCAAAAAUCGUUUUGAAAAAUCCAAAAAAAACUACUUUCACCUUCAGCCAAGUGGACCAUCUCGGAUGAAAAUUACCGAAUGAUCCUACAAUCUGACGUGAAAUACUAAUUUUAAAAAGCGGAAUUUUAUGCUUCCUGCUUUUUUCUGUUGCUGUUAAGUGACGUAUAAGUAAAGUAAAAACUUUUUUUUCAUCAGUCCGAACAACAAAAAAGACAAAAUGUGGAGAAUACAUUCGACAAAAAUGGUCCUUCUGGAGUAUGCUUCAAAGGAGGCGAAGCGUGGGGCUUUUUUUUUUUGAAGAAAAAAUUGAUCCCACAAAAAAAUUGGCUCAGGAAGUACAGAGAAGAAUGCAAUUGGGAGCUGAAGAACUGAAAAAGUUCGGGCUGUCGGAAGUCGAGAAGAAAAUGACGCGAAUGGAGGGAUUAUUCCGGCUCCACUCUUCUGAAGGGCUCAAGAACGUCUUCCACGACCGGGCGAAGCUCAAGUUUGGCGAUUUCGUCUUCCAGGGAAUCGGUAGGUGUAGUUAGAAGUUCUGAUAAAACUUUCAAAUAUUAGAAAAAAUGGCACAUUUUGUUCAAAUUGUUGAUAAUAAUAGGUUUAUUCACUGCAUACUGUUAGAAAAUAAUAAAUAAAAUAGUUCAGAAUACGAAAGCAGCAGAAUAACCAAAACGGGAAUUAGUCCACCCUAACGAGUAGACUAUGACCCGGGGAUAGAAAGGAGGUCAGAGCAAACGGGAAGGAAUGGAUUUGAAGAAGGCAGAGUUAGGGAGAUCAUUAAGUUUAACCCGUAGCGCAUCCGUAGAGACGUUAAAAUUUAUUCUAGAGGUAAGUUUAUUCCAUAAUGGAAUAGUUUUGGAAAAAAAAUCUUUAGAGAACUGACCGGAAGUGCGAAGUCGAAGUGGAUUCCUCUGUAAAGGAGAAAUAGUGAAGAAGUCAUUGCGAUUGAGAAAAUGGUCAGAGCCGCAAAUUAUUUUAUGAAGAGAAAUAAUUUCGUUAAUACAACGACGUACAAAGAGAGGUUUAAAGCCAAAUUGGCUGAGACGAUCAGAAUAAGAACUGAAGCGAACAUUGCAUCUUAUAAAAACUUUUCUACUGAAUUGGCGUAGAGAAGACUCGAGUUUGAAGCAUUCCUCAGACGAGAUAGAGGGAGAAAAGAUUUCACUACAAUAUUCGAGAAUAGGCGUCACGUAGGUUUGAAACAUUCUGAGGUAGUGCAGGGGGGAAGAAAACUUAAAGGUAUUUAGUAUUUGAUUAAACCGUAAUGUAGCAAAGGCAGAGAUACGGGAAAUAUGGUCUUUGAAGGAGAGCUUCUCAUCAAUUUGAAGGCCUAGAUCACGAACAAUUGAUCUUUGUGGGAUUUGAAAUUGAUCAAGAAAAAUAGACCGUUUGAGGAUUGUUAGAGCCAAAGUGAAGAGAAAAAAAGUCUUUUUCAACAGCAAGUGGAAGAGACCAAAGUUCUGACCAUUUGAAAAAUACCAUUUAUGCUUCUUUGAAGCGAAUCAGGGCAAGAGCUAUAAACCUUGAGGUCAUCAGCAAAGAUAGAGAUCGAGGAUUGAGGAUCAAUAAAAUUUUUCAAUAUCAUUGAUGAAAAACGAGAAAGAGAAGGGGGCCGCUGACCGUCCCUUGAAGUACACCCGAAGGAUUAGAAAAAGAAUUGUUAGAAAACGAGUUAUUAACUUUUACAAUGGAGGAACGGUUAGAUAAAAAAUUGGAGAACCAGCGACAGAGAGUAUCAUUAAAGCCGAAAUUGGACAUCUUUAGGCGUAAAAGGUUAUGAUCUACUUUAUCGAAGGCUUUGGAAAAAUCGAAAUAAACAGCAUCGAUAUGAUCGAAAUAAUCGAAAUAAACAGCAUCGAUAGGAAUAAACAGCAUCGAUUGUUCUGCGUCAUCCAGAGCUGAACUCUUUAUACUUUAGCUGUACCAUUUUCUAACCGAAUCAUGUAAAAAUACAGUUUUUGACAAUAUUUCAGAGGUUAACUGCAAACCUGUGGUUGAAUUUAUUUUGGACGUAAAAAAGGACAAAAUUCAUCGAAAUUGUUUGUUUUGCACAUGAUCUUGAUAUUUUUCAACAUAAACCGUGUAUAGAAGUUUAUAUUGAAAAACUAUUUAAUGGAAAAGUCCUACCGAUUGAUUUACAGAAAACUUGAACGUAAACGCAACAAUUCGGAAGUACAAUUGGCUUGAAUUUGUACAAAAAUUGUUCAAAUUUUAAAACAUAAGACUGGGAUCUGAUUGCCAGCUACUCUCUGCAAUUCGCUCUUUUUUAAUCAAGAAUUUGAAGUUUUCUAUGUGUUCAUAGACUGUGACAACAACGCUUCAAGAGUAUUUAUACGGCUACCUUUUUAGAAAAAGCCAUCAAUACAAUUACAGACGAAAUCGUGCUAUGGUUCCAAACAAUGGUCUACAAGGACGGAAUCGACCAGUUUCAUGUGCGUUUCUUUUUCACUACUUAAAAGAUUCAAGAUUUGGGGUUUCAGUUCAGCCGCCACCUGAAAUAUGACGAGAAAACGACUAACGUCAAGUCUAGCGGAUUCCUCAUAAUUGGCUACGGAAUGUUCGAGUACAGUCUCAGUGCCGCCCGUGUGAGUUGUCAUUUCAACUAGAAAAUGUCUUGAAAAGAAAGAAAUCAAAUACCAUCUUCAUCAAAUGUCAUUUCCACAAUCCAAAACAGUCUGACCUGUCUGUGCUCUCUUCUCUUCUCAAACGAGAACGAUGCGUUUUUGAAAAAAAAGACAGGCAAAAAAAAAACUGCUCCGAAAUUUAUUCAUUAAUUUCGUACAUUUUUCAGGACGAAAACUACGACUACUAUCUGGACAGCUUGCAAAUUUGGAUUCCAUGA